AUGGAAGUGGUAGUGCGGGUUGUGAUCGUGGCGGUGGCAGCGACGGUGGUGGUGGUGGUGGUUGCGAUUGUAAUGUCGGUGGCGGCGAUAGUUGUGGAGGUGGUGGUUGUGUUUGUGGUGGUGGUGGCAAUGGCAGCAGUGUCGGCAACUAUGGUGAUUCAGGGGGUAGGUGGAGGCGGUGGCGGCGGUGGUUGUAGUGGCAGUGGUGGAAACGGUUGUGGCAGCAACAUUGGUGGUGGUGGUUGCGUUUGUAGUGGCGGUGGCGGCGACGGUGGUGAAGGUAGUGGUUGUGGUGGCAAUGGCGGUGACGGCGGCAGGGCCGACAAUGGUGGUCGUCGUCAUCGUUGUGGGGGUGGUUGUGGUAGCGGCUACCACGAUGAUGGUGGUGGUGUUGGAGGCGGUGGCGGCGACGGUGGUGGCGGUGGUGGCGGUGUUGGUGUAGGCGGUGGCGGUGGCAGUGGUGCUUGUGGCACUAGUGGUGGCGGCAGUGGCGGUGACGGUGUGGUGGUGGUAGUGGUGGUGUUGGUGGUUGUGGUGGCAACGGUUGCAGUGGUGGUGGUGGUGGUUGUGGUGGCGGCGGCGGCGGCGGUGGUAGUGGCAGUGGUGGUGCGGCGGUGGUGGUGA